UUUUCAAACUGUGGGGCGCGCCCCCCCUGGGGGGCGCCAGAGUUCUUCAGGGGGGGCGCGACGUGAGAAAAAAAGAAACCCGAAGAAAAACCUGAUAGUCGAUGAUUCAAAUCAUCAAUCGUACUUCAACUGUAGAAGUAACCUAACUAAAUCAAUUUUCAACCGUUUAUCUUCGUGCAAACCAUUUAACAAAUCUACACACUUGUAUCUUCAAUAAUAUUGAAACAGAAUUUCGAUAUCAUUUAAAAUGUCUUCAGAACCACCGUUUUAGUUUCAUACCGCUUCGUUUUCAGCUGUUUUCAUUGAAGACGUCUGCCCAUUCUGAUACACCUACUUCUAGACAUCGUAACUCAUUCAUUUUUCAACCGUUUACCAUCGUUCAAACCAUUGAACAAAUCUAAACACUUGUAGCUUCAAUACUAUCCAAACGGAAUUUUGAUAGCAUUUAUACUUUUUUCAGAAUCACAGGUUUCAAACCGGCAUCGUUUUCAGUUGCUUAUAACAAUUUAGGUCACCAUAGCAACGCCGGUAAACAAACCCCGCCGAAUAGUCGAAUCACUGGACUGAAAAAGCAGAUCUGAUUCGACUCUGAAAAAUCAGAGUCGGGGACCCUGAAUGAAUCUGUGUAAACUGCCAGUUUACAUAAAUGUUAACAUAGAAUGUAAGGUUAAUUUCUACCACAUAUCCCCCCUUUGAGGCUUGCCCAAGCCUCAAUAAAAGAAAACGCUUGUUAGUUAACCAUAACAACAGAGCGUCUAUGUCUGUGCGCACGCACACUCUAUCUCUCGCUGGAGCUCCCCAAUCUCUCUUCAAUGAUUAAUUUGAUUCGUUGGACUGAAGAGACGCUUUACCUGCAGCAGAGCUUCCAGACGGGACAGGAACAGAUCAAACAACCGCAUUAAUUUGUGGUAACAAAACCAUCUAGCAGCACUUCAUGUUUAUUUGGACACAUAAACAGGCUCUGACCCUACAACCAUCACAACCACCAUGUUGACCGAUAAACACGAAACGGCAGCUAACCCUGGGCAACCGAAGGGGGACCCCGUGAGUCGACUUCUGUCCAGGCGUGCCCUCAUCUUCUUUCUCCUCGCACUCUCCGGUCUCAUCUUCCUGUUGCGCAACAUUCUCAGUCUGGAGAACCUGAGCUACCACACAGCGUCUAUGCUUUUUCAGCCCCAGAACAGCAGCCACCCUGCCCUAGCCCAGAAGGGACCCCUCCCUCCGUACAAGAACCACACCAUCUGCAGCCACCUGGAGCCCACCCCCGACGAAGCCCUGGAGGACCGCGCCCUCCUCGACGCCAUCGUCUGGCCCAAGCCCCCCGCCCCCACGUCCCUCAACCAGACCAGUGACCCCGUCCACAGCCUGUUCGCCAUUCUGCCCUCCAAGGGCGGGAGGGAGCGGCGUGUGGGGGACCAGCUUGAGGCCCUGGUCCAGAUGCAGGACUUCCAGGGCCGUCCCAAGCACUACGGGGGGGACUUCCUGGUGGCACGGCUGCACUCCCCGAAGCUGGGGGCAGGAGUGGCGGGCACGGUGGUGGACCACCUCAACGGCUCCUACUCGGCACUGUUCCCCCUGCUGUGGGAGGGUCCGGCCCAGGUGACGAUCACCAUGGUGCACUCCAGCGAGGCGGUGGCCGUGCUGCAGCGGCUCCGGGAGCAGCGGUCCGACCGCUUCUUCUUCCGGAGUCUGUUUCGCUCGGGCAAGCUGUCUGAGAACACCGUGUGCAACAUGUGCCUGCCGCACAAUCGGCCGCAGGAGCCGCUGUGCAACUACACAGACCUCCACACCGGAGAGCCCUGGUACUGCUUGAAGCCCAAGCGGCUGAGCUGUGACACCAGGAUCAACCAUUUCAAGGGAGGCUACAAGAAGGACAUCGUCACCAACAAAGAAGCGCUGCUCUUUCAGAGCCGUGUAAACAUCAAAGUUGCCAUCCAUGCGUCAGGACCUGAUCGGAUAGAUGUACUUCCAAAGACGAUAGAUGACCCAGAGUUACGAAACCGCAGCACCGAACCAGGGCCGGUCAAGUACAAUCCUUCUGGGUAUUACUACAAAGGCUCCUGGAGGUUAUUCGAUGGAACACCUGUUCGCCAGUUUGACGCCAAAUCGAUCACCCAGUGCCUGACUGGCAAGGUGAUGAAUAUGUACGGAGACUCCACGAUGAGGCAGUGGUUUGAGUACCUCAGAGCGUUUGUACCAGAAUUCAACCUGCGCAGCACAUCGACGGCAGGGCCCUUCAUGGCGGUGGACUGUCAACACAACAUCCUGUUGAAUUACCGCUGUCACAACGUACCCAUCGGCUUCCCCACCAUCAUUGCCAGCGAGCUCCGCUACGUGGCCAACGAGCUGGACCGCUUGCCUGGAGGCCCCAACACCGUGGUGGCCCUCAGCCUCUGGGCCCACUUCAGCCCCUACCCCGUGGAGGUAUACAUACGCCGCAUGCGGCACAUCCGCCGGGCGCUGGAACGGCUCCUGGUCCGGGGCCCCGGCACCCUGGUGAUCAUCCGCUCACCUAACUUAAGGGCCCUGGACAAGGAGUACAGCCUGAACCACAGCGACUGGUUCUCGCUGCAGCUCGGCAAGGUUCUCAGGAACAUGUUCAUGGGCCUGGCUGUUGUGUUUGUGGACGCCUGGGAGAUGACCUUAGCCCAUCAUAGCCCCCACAAUAUCCAUCCGCCCCCGGACAUCAUCAAGAACACGAUCAGUCUCAUCCUGACUCAGGUGUGUCCUGCAAAGAACACAGCUAGCUAGUGGAAGAAAGGGAGAAAAGUUGGAAGAGGUGUGCCGUCCAAGUGCUUGGAACAUCGUUGGUCUAUCAUGAUUCUCUUGCCAUGAACAAGUUACUCUUGUUACUCUUACUUUUUACAAAGGGGUAUUUUUUUUUUAUACGAGGAGCUUUGCAUAAAGAGGCCUUUAUGUAUAGCCCCUGGUACUGGAUUCCAAUAGACUUGAUUUUGGAGCAGGUAGGCCUGCCUCUACCAAUCAGCUCAUCCCCCUUAUCAGUUCCCAUCAAAGGGAGGCCUUGCC